AUUGCUCACAAUGCUAGAUUUUUAUUAUAUGACAUAUUCGGCGCCUUGUCGUUCCAUACUGAUGGUAGCCAAGGCCUUGAGUAUUGAUUUGAACCUCAAGCAAGUGGAUUUGGAUGCUGGGGAUCACUUGAAGCCCGAGUUUGUCAAGCUAAAUCCACAGCAUACAAUACCCACACUGGUGGAUGGAGAUUUUGCUUUGUGGGAAUCGCGCGCUAUACUAUUAUAUCUCGUAGAGAAGUUUGCCAAAGAUGAUAUUCUGUAUCCCAAGGAUCUAAAGUUGCGUGCUGUGGUUAAUCAGCGUCUCUUCUUCGAUUUGGGCACCUUGUAUCAGAGCUAUGUCUAUUAUUAUUAUCCACAAUUGUUUGAAGAUGUGAAGAAGCCGGCUGAUCCAGACAACUUUAAGCGUAUUGAUGCUGCUUUUAAGGCCUUUAACACUUUGCUAGAAGGCUCCACGUAUGCCGCUGGAAAUCAGUUAACUUUGGCAGACUAUGCGCUGCUGGCUACAGUGUCCACCUUUGAGGUAACUGGCUAUGAUUUCAGCAAAUAUAUUAAUGUAGCCAAUUGGUACGAGUUAACCAAGAAGGAAGCAGCCGGCUGGGAAGAAAACUGGGAGGGCUGCUUGUAUUACAAGAAGCUAUAUCUGUCGCAGCUAUAAUGUACAGAUAUGCUAUAUAUAGAUUCAACAUUGUAUUUGCUGUCAGGUUGUAAAUUGAUAGAAAUACAAUAUUUGCCUAUAGCUAAUAAUUCAAGAUAAGAUAAGCACCUACACUUGUAAAUCAAAAAUUGCUAUGGUUAUCAUUGUUAUUAUAUAACUCUUUAACAAAAACUGAGGCUCACUUUAGCUGGUUUAAAAUAUAUAAUUUCCACAAGAAAAUC